AGCUUCGUGUUGGAUGUCCGGUUCUGUGCGUCUUCGGCAUGGUACUCGUCAAAGAAUAUCAAGUGGUGUUGCCAUGCUCAGUCGAAGAGUACCAGGUUGGCCAGCUGUACUCGGUUGCAGAGGCCAGUAAGAACAACACAGGAGGGGGCGAAGGGAUUGAAGUCCUCCGAAAUGAACCGUACGAGAAAGAAGGCGAGAAGGGCCAGUACACCCACAAAAUCUACCACAUACACAGCAAGGUGCCCACCUUCAUUCAGAUGGUUGCCCCAGAGGGCGCGCUGGUGUUUCACGAGAAAGCCUGGAACGCCUAUCCUUACUGCCGCACCAUCGUUACAAAUGAGUACAUGAAAGAUGACUUUUUCAUUAAGAUCGAGACCUGGCACAAACCUGACUUGGGAUCAACUGAUAAUCCUCAUGGUCUUCCCUCUGAAGAGUGGGAGGAGACCGAAGUAGUGCCGAUCGAUAUCGCCGAUCGCUCUCAGGUGGAUGAUGCGGAUUACAAGCCAGACGAGGAUCCUGCUCUCUUUCACUCUGAGAAGACUGGCAGGGGGCCACUGGGACCAGGAUGGAAGAAAGAGCUUCAUAACAGUAACUGUCCCUAUAUGACUGCGUAUAAGCUGGUGACUGUGCAUUUCCGCUGGUGGGGUCUGCAGGGCCGUGUGGAGAACUUCAUUCACAAGCAGGAGAAGAGGCUUUUUACUAAUUUUCACCGGCAGCUGUUCUGCUGGCUGGACCGUUGGGUGGACCUGACCAUGGACGACAUCCGCAGGAUGGAGGAGGAGACGCAGCGGGAACUGGACCAGAUGCGUAACCAGGGAUCGGUGAGAGGAAUGAAAGCAGGAGAUGACUAGAGUAAGAACGAGCGAGGAACGGAAAGAAACCCAGGGCUACUUUUAAUUUGUACCUCCUUCAGUCCUCACAUGGCCGAUCACAAUGUGCCACUUCACCAAGCCCUUUUGAACAGGAAACUGUCAUCUUUUACCCAGGAAGUGUCUGUUAUCUUGUGCGAGAGAGUGUGCGUGUGUGCGUGCACAUGUGUGUGUAAAAUGUGUGUGUGCAUUUGUGCCGGUGCGAUUUGCCUUACAUGACCUCAUCAUUUGCUGCCAAAUUCUUUUGGAUUUUACUUCAGAUGUGUUGAAUAAUGUCAGCAUUUCUUUUUAUAACUAAGUAUUAUAACUGUUUUACGGUUUUUGGCUUAUUUUGCAAUCAUCAGCUUUGUACUGAGUGUGCCAGUGGGGUCCUAAGGGCCAAUCAAGUUUUACGAAGACGGUUUGGAGGUGCAUUUCACUUAACUUGUAUUUCAAACAUGAAUAAAUAACUAAGUAAUUUACUUCUUAUUAUAAUUACGUUCGAGUCUGUCUGUAAAAUUUUCAAUGGGAAAUUAAUGUACACUACAGGAAAAGGGCAUGUGUAAUAAACCAAUACACAAGUCAUUGAAACAAAA